GACAUAGUCAGACACAGUUGUUUGACUAUUCAAACAAUCAUGAGGUUCACUGUAGUAGCUCUACUCGGCCUCUGUGCCCUGGCCCUGGCUUACCCCCCACAACACAAAAUCACCGACAAGGGAGUACAAGAGAAGCAAAAGGACAUCCUUCGUUUGUACAAGUACGUGAACCAACCGAGCUACUACAAGGACCACGUGGAGAUCUCCAAGACCUACAAGAUCCACGAACACUUCGACGACUACUCUAAACCCGAAGUUGCCAAGUACUACUACAAGAUCUACAAGUACGGUUUGCUUCCAAGGGGCGAGAUCUUCUCCGUCUUUUAUGAAGAACACUUGAAGCAAGCUAUUGCUUUGUACAAGUUGUUCUACUACGCUAGAGACUACUCGACUUUCUACAACACGGCUGUUUGGGCCCGUCAACGUGUCAACGAAGGUGUGUACUUGUACGCCCUUUCUGUUGCCAUUGUCCACCGCCCUGACACCUACGAAGUGGUUAUUCCCCCAAUUUACGAAGUCUACCCGUACUACUUCUACAACAGCGAAGUUAUCCAGGAAGCUUACAAGUACAAACAGCAGUACUACGGACAGCAGUACGAACAUGAAGGCAACUACAAUGGUUACACCAUCAAUGCUAACUAUUCUGGGUACUACUUGAACGUGCACCCUGAACAAUCUCUGUCGUACUUCACCGAAGAUGUUGGUAUCAAUUCGUUCUACUAUUACUUCAACAUCUACUACCCUCAUUGGUUGGGUGGUCAAGAAUUCGACUACAAGAACGACCGUCGUGGUGAAUACUACUUGUUCGUGUACCAACAAAUCUUGGCCCGCUUCUACUUGGAACGUCUUUCUAAUGGCUUCGGAGAAAUUCCGUUCUACAACUGGGAAGUACCUUUCGAAACUGGGUACCACCCGUCGUUGCAGUACCCCAACGGUUUGCAAUUCCCAACGAGACCCAACUAUGCCCAUUUGUACGAAUACUUCUACAAUUAUGGACAGAGGUACGGAAACAACAAGUACGCUUACAGCUACACCCACGUCCAAGAUUACGAAAGAAGAAUUCGUGAUGCCAUCGACAGAGGAUAUGUCUACACUCAUGAGGGACAAAAGGUCAAUUUGUACUCCGAAGAGGGUGUCAACACUCUUGGAAACUUGGUCCAGUCCAACCCUGAUUCUCCUGAUAGGUACUACUACGGAGCUCUGCACGUCUACGCCCGUCAUCUCCUAGGGUACUCCUACCAACCCGUAGACAAGUACCACGUCGCUCCUUCCGCUCUCGAACACUACGAAACUUCCCUUCGUGACCCAGCCUUCUACCAGUUCUACAAGAGGAUCGCCUUGUACUACCAGAAGUACCAAUCUCGUUUCCCUGCUUACACCGAACAGGACUUGGCCUACGAAGGUGUUGAAGUAAAGAAUGUCGAAUUCGACCGUCUUAUCACCUACUUCGACUAUUUCUACUCCGACGUGAGCAAUGCCAUCUAUGUUACUCCACAAGAGUACGAAAACGACAAAGUCCAAGUCAGAGUACGCCAACAGCGUUUGAACCACAAGGCUUUCACCUACAAGGUCUACGUAAACUCCGAGAAGGAGCAAGACGCUGUUGUCAGAGUAUACAUCGGGCCUAAAUACGAUGAAUACGGACGCUACAUUAACAUCAGCCAGAACCGCGCCAACUUCGUCGUUUUUGAUCACUUCAAGUACCAGUUGAAGUCUGGUGAAAAUGUCAUCGAACGCAACUCUCACCAAACUCCGUACUACCAAAACGACCGCACUAGCUUCAAGCAGUUGUACCAACAGGUUCUUGGUGCUUUCAGUGGAAAUGGCGAGUACCAAGUUUACAACAACGAGGCUUACUACGGCUUCCCCAGAAGGUUCCUUUUGCCUAAGGGUACUUAUGGUGGUUUUGAAUACCAGUUCUACGUGAUUGUGAGCCAAUACGUUCCCAACAAGUACCACCAGGAGUACACCAACGAGUACUACUAUCCCAAGAUUGGUACUGGAGACAAGUACAUUGAUGGUUACCCAUUGGGCUAUCCAUUCGAGCGUCCCAUCUACUACGAUCAAGUGUUCUACAACAUCCCCAACUCGUACUUCUACACCACUAAGAUCUACCACAGGAAUGAAAACGAAAUCAAUGCUUCUACUUCUACCCAACACUAAAACGAAGGUUAUGCGAUACCGACGUCUUUCAUUCUGAUGAAAUAUUCACUGUUUCAUGUCAACUGGUGUAUUAUUUUUGCAAUAAACAGCAAUAGUACUUGA